GUCAGUCAGCUCUGGUUGUUGUUGUAGGCGUGAAUGUGAUGAACUUAUUCAUUCAUGUUUUGUUUAAAACUUAAUUUGAAAUUUCAAUUUGUUCAUUAUAUUAUCAAUACAGUUGUAUUAUAGCCUAUAGGUAAGGUAAAUCUAAGUGGCAUCAAGCGGAUGAUAGGUACUGAAGACUGAAAAGAAAGAGGGUGUAAAACUACCACACAAACUAUGAAGCAAGAAGCACUGGCGAUGCAGAGAGAACUGGACGGUCGGGACCAACUAUUUGUGGAUGUAGGUUCGGAGGGCUCGAUGCCGUCGGACGCGGCGCUGGGCGCGCUGCUGGAGGACGGCUCGCCCGCCGCCGACGCCGAGGGCCGCGUGCGCCGCCUGGCCGAGCGCCUGGCGCGCCUCGACGCGCUCAACGUGGCCGGCAUGCUGGCCGCCGCCAGCGAGGUGCUCACGCGCGCGUCACGCCACGGACGCAGCCACAUAACCAUUACAAACUGUCAUAUUCCUAAGUUUGCUCAUCUUAGGUAUUCUAUUAAAAUAAGUCAUAAGGGCUUGGGCGCCGGCGUGCGGCUGGCGGCGCGGCUGGACGCGGGGCUGGCGGCGGGCGCGGGGCUGGCGGCGCGGCUGCGGCGCUGCGAGGCCGUGGUGCGCGCCGCGCCCGACGCCGCCCACGCGCGCUUCGGCGCCGCGCGCACCGACGCCAACGCGCGCGCGCUGCUGGCCGAGCUCGAGGAGCUGUACUUGUGGCUCGACGCGCCGCCGCUGCGCGACCUCGACUCCAUCUCCGAGAUCUCGCUGGCGUCGGCGGAGGGCCGCGCGCGCGCGCUGGCGGCCGGCGCGGCGCUGCAGGGCGCGCUGCGGGCGGAGCGGGCGGCGGGCGCGCGGCGGCUGGCGCGGCUGGGCGCGGUGCGCGAGCGGCUGCGGCGGCUGGCGCGCGCGCGCGAGGCGCUGGCGGCGGCGCUGGCGCGGCACCUCAACAACGCGCUCAUCCACCUCGGCAACGAGGCGGCGCACGAGCCGCGCCCGCGCAAGCACCACGCCGACCUGCUGCCCUACGCGCCCUUCAUGCGCUGGCUCAAGGACAUGGACGAGCGCGCCUUCGACGGGCUGGCCAAGGUGUACACGAGCACGUGGGCGAAGGUGUACGAGCGCGCGGUGGGCGCGGCGUCGGAGCAGGCGCGCGCCGCGCUGGUGGGCGCCGCGCCCGAGCGCGCCGACCCCAUCCUGGACGGCGUGCUGACGCUGGUCGAGAGCCUGUGCGACGCGGAACAGGACUUCUGCACGCAGUUCUUCUACCUCGACGUGGACGUGAAGAGCGACGGCAGCGACGGCGAGCGGAGCGAGCGCAGCGACGGCGGCGAGCGCGAGCGCCGCGCGGGCGCCGAGACGCGGCGCUUCAUGGGCGAGCUGUUCCCGGCGCUGGAGCCGCAGCUGGUGGCGCUGGUGGGGCACGUGGAGCGCCACGACCGGCACGGGGCGAUGCGCGCGCUGGCGGUGUUCGGGCGGCGCGUGGUGGCGGGCGCGGAGGGCGAGGCGCGGUGGGCGCGCGCGGCGCUGGCGGGCGGCGCGGUGGCGGCCAAGCGGCAGGCGGACCGCGCCGUGGCCGAGCGCCUGGCCGCGCUGCCCGACGCCGUCAAGCAGGCGGCCCGCCGGCCCAAGUGCGGCCUGCUGUCGUUCCUGAGGGACUUCGAGGAGCUGAGCGGCGCCUGCGAGGCGAUAUUCUCGGGCGGGCGGCGCGCGGACCUGGACCGCUGGUACGUGUCGCUGGCGGGCGCCAUGCUGCACGCCAUCCAGCACGCCGAGCACCCGCGCACGCCGCGCGCCGUGCUGCACAUGGAGAACUACCACCGGCUGCACGGCAUCCUGUCGCUGCUGCGCGCGGCGGCGCUGGAGUCGCUGCGGCGCGAGAGCCGCGCGCGCUACUCGGCCGCGCUCAAGGCCUACGUCACGCAGUACUUCGGCCGCCCGCUCGAGAAGCUCACGCAGUUCUUCGAGGGCGUGGCGGAGGCGGUGGCGGGCGGCGUGCGCGAGGACGAGGUGUGCUACCGCGCCGCCUUCAGCAAGCACGAGCUGCGCCGCCUGCUGGCCAUGUACCCCGCGCCCGAAGUGCGCAAGUCGCUGCACCGGCUGUACCGCACGGUGGAGAAGCACCUGAGCGAGGAGGGCGGGCUGCUGCAGGUGGUGUGGCGCGCCAUGCAGGAGGAGUUCCUCGCGCAGCACCUCGCGCUGCAGUCUCGCAUCGCCACGUGCUACGCGGGCGCGGGGCUGGCCAUGCCGCUGACGACGCAGGACAUCCUGGACGCCUUCUCCGACAUCGCGCGCGAGCACUGAUGCGCGCGACCGCGAGCCCUCGAACGUCGGUCCGAGCGCAGUUUCGCGUCUCCUGAUCUUUCUAGACGCCCGGUGCUUAAUUCUAUUACAAAAGGAACGUGUGAAAGCAAAAUUGGGAAUAUUUACAUAACGGCUACGCUUCGAGAUACCCGUGAGAGCACGCUUAUAUCUAUUAUUACUCGAAGUAAAAAAAAUCUGGCUAUUCUACCAUGACCAGAUUAGGUUUAAGUUAUUUAUGGUCAUUUUUAAAUAGAUAUUGCCACCAAAUCCAUUGAAAAAUCAUUCUAAAUUCUAAAAUGUAUAUUAUGUAUAUGGGUAUUAUUAUGAGUUCUUUAAUAAACCUUUCUGUGGCCUAUUGACCUAUAAAUAGACUGAAAUUAUUUAUAACAAGUUAAUUUUUACCGGACUGCGUCAGGAGGGUUAUUACUUAAAUAAGUGCUAGAAUGAAAUUGUAUAUAAAAUGGAUGUACAUAUUUAUAUUAUUGCACUGUUAUUCUUUGUAUUGAAAUAAAAACUAUUUCUGUAA